CGCCGAGCUCCUGCACGCUUGAGGCUGCCUAUGUACGCGUUGCCGAUCGCAUCUCGACAUCAGGCGGCGAAACGGGAAAAAUGAGUAUAUUGAACAAAAAAUCCAAGUUCAAAGUCAAGACCGAGGUGCGCAAGGUCCAGCAAGCCGUCGCGCCCAAGCCAGCCACGAACGCCCCCGGCGCCAGCAGCAGUAGCAGCACCAGCGUGAGCCUUCGGGGCACGCCCCGCGCUUCGCCCGUCCCGGCCUCGUCCCUGAGCGUAAAGCGACUCCAGCAGCAGCCUGCGUCCUCCCCCUCACAUUCUUCCCCAGCGCCUGCCCCCAGCACCGGCAACCCCAACCGGAAACGACCAGCGCUCGUCAGCAGACGCUCCACCGCGAGCGCAAGCCCCGCGCCCAUUUUGAGUGACUCUGAGCCCGGGUCGGAGGACGACGAUGACUGGCGGGAGAGGUUAGACCCGAGCAAGCGGCGGAAGCGGGCGCACACGGAGGAUCCGGGCCGGCGGUUGCGGCAUCCGAAAUUAUGGGCGGGCGACGGUGAUGAUGAGAUACCGGCGAUUGUGCACUCGGCGGAAGUGGCAUCGCUCGAGAAUAAGUGCCAGCCAGUCAUGAGAUUGGGGAGGGACGAAGUUGUAGUACACCUGCGGUAUCCCGGGGCUAGGUCCAUGGAGCGGUACGAGCUCGUAUGGGGCAAGGAUAAGAUUGACGGCGCCGCGGAUAUCAUGAAGGUGGUCCAUAUUGCGGCAUCGACGUACCUCACGGACACCGAGGCAAAGCCGUUUCUGGAUCAUGACACCGGAAUCUAUCGCCGGCUGGAAAAGAGCAAGAACACCAAUGAUGGGAACGGGUUUAAGGCGGCCUUGGCGGACUACAACGACCGGCUCCUCGAGUUGCAAAAGAAAGGAGCGAUAGCGAAGAAUAUCGACGCCAUGCGCGGCGUACCCCGGGAACUCGUCGAGGUCAUCUUGGGCCAAAUAUACGACCGCACGGUGGCGCCUAAAGUCGAGUUGCUCGCCAAGUACGAAAACGGCACCGACAACGUUUAUGGCGAGCUGCUCCACCCCUUUAUCUCCGAUAUCUUUGACCGGACGAAGCUGAGCUCUGACAUGGUCUUCGUUGACCUCGGUUCCGGAGUCGGCAACGUGACGCUUCAGGCGGCUCUAGAGAGAGGGUGCGAGAGCUGGGGUUGCGAGAUGAUGGAGAACGCGUGUAACCUGGCCGAGGCGCAGAAGAAAGAAUUCGCGGCGCGGUGUCGUCUGUGGGGUAUUGCGCCAGGCAAGGUGUACCUCGAACGGGGCGACUUUCGUAAGAAUGAGAGGACUCUGGAGGCGCUCAAACGAGCGGACGUGGUCUUGGUCAACAACCAGGCUUUCACGUCGCAGCUCAACGACCACCUCGUCAAUAUGUUCUUGGACCUCAAGAUCGGAUGCAAGAUCGUGUCGCUCAAGACGUUCGUCCACGACAACAAGAUUGCCGAAAACGAUGUUGCGUCGUCGAUCUUGGAAGUCGAGCACCUGAGCUACCCUGGAGGCUACGUUAGCUGGACAGGAGCUCCAGGUAGAUACUGUAUUUCGACGAGGAAAUGAUUCGCUGCGUGUCAGGGAUUGGAGAUGUGUUGGUCGGUUUCGGAUGGGUUUUCAGGAGUAUUGGUGGGCGGGCAUCUGUGUUUGGAGAAUGUGUCUGCAAAGACGAACGAGUACCCCAUACAGCGGUAUCUGCUUGGGCAUGAUUUUGAAAAGGGCGAAGCG